GGCCUGCCGAGGAAUGUUGGGCUACCGGCGCCCCGUAGCUUCCCCGGCAACCGGCAGGAAGCGUGGCCGCGCGUGGGGCUGCCCGCCGCCGGGUCACGGGUGGGCCGGGCCGGGCGACGGGGGGAUCGCGGAAAACGAGGAAUUGCUGCUGCUCCCUUUCUCUGCCUCAGCUGCGCUCCGGAGAGGGCUCACACAGCGGGUUAGCAAUGUUCUAAACAUGUCAUCAGGCACCCAGAUAAAAGCAAAGGCUGCAGCACAGAAAAGCAAGACCUCCUCUCCUUUGCCAUCUUCUCCAGAACCUGCGGUUAAGCCACAGCCAAAGCCCAGUGACAAGCUGAAUCCCAAAACUAUUGAUCCAUUUGCUGCUUCUUCUAGAACACCUUCUGCGUUUGCUGCUACGUAUGCUAAAGGUGGCAUUCCAUGCAGGUUAAUGCAUGGAUCAGUAAAGCACAGAUUGCACUGGGAGUGCCCUCUUGAAACAGUUUCUUUUGAUCCUCUUCUUGUAACUCUAGCAGAGGGUCUGAGAGAGACAAAGCAUCCCUAUACAUUUGUUUCAAAGGAGGGUUUUAAAGAAUUACUUCUGGCUGAAGGUGCUACUGAAAAAGCCAUUCCCCUGUUGCCUCGUCUAGUUCCUGUGUUAAAGGCUGCAUUGGCCCAUUCAGAUGAUGAAGUAUUUGAAAGGGGAUUAGAUGCUUUAGUUCAACUGAGUGCUGUUGUUGGCCCAUCUCUUAACGACCAUCUUAAGCAUCUGCUUACAAAUCUUUCAAGGAGAUUAAUGGACAAGAAAUUUAGAGAAAAAAUCACUGCUGCUUUACACAAGUUGGAGCAAUAUGGUGGAAAGGCAACGGUGACUAUCAUCAAAUCUAAAAUUCCAACCUAUUGUUCUGUAUUCCCCUGAAGAAAAAAUCCAUGGUGAUUUGUGAGUUCAAGUCUGAAGAUAAACUGCCUGUGAACAUCACUUUGUGGCACACGUGGAUGCUGUUCUGGUUCACCAGGACUUAGUGGAUUAGACACAGAAUUCUAAGAGCCCACCUAGACAUUCUGAGAGUCAGCUUUUGAAGCAAUGUCACAAUGAAGAUCGGCCUAUCUCUGAAAGCAUUUCACCUAUUGGGAGGAAUUGGCAUGAAACUCUGGACAAUAUAUCUUAAAAAUUACAUGUAUUGGAAGGGGCAUAAGUAUAUUUUAGGUACAUAUAUUUUUAUCUAGGUUCAUAUUUAGGUUUCUCAAAUCUCAAUGAAGAAAUUAUCCUAAAAAAUUUAAUGCAGUUAUCACAUGUAUAUAAUAUUGUAUAGUUGAAGCUUCAUUGUUUCAUCCUGAAUCUUAAAGAUACUACAAAAAUGCUGACACAGAUGUUAGCUCGUCUAGUAGUCAUUAGUAGAUGUUACUGCCUAGUGAUAUUUAUUCUGUGCACUGAAAAGGGAUGAAAAUUUUAAAACAACUUCUUUUUUUUUUAACUUUAUUAAAGGCAACAAGACACUUACUCAUGAAAACAGUGUUAGGAGCUAGUUAAGUUUUCUUCAUUAAAAAAUUCAAAUUCAGAAGAUUCUUAAUUUAGAAGUACAGUAGGUAGAAUAUCUUGAUGUUUUUGUCAUGAUCAAUUAAAUGGAGAUUUACUAGAUAAGCAUGCUUGAUAGAAGCUUACCAGUAUUUGUUAGGGAACAGAACUACUGAAGCAGUCAUAAUUUCAAUGUGUUUUUUGUUUAACACUUCUUCCUCUCACGUUACCUAUUUUACUAGGUUUGGGAGGUGUUUCUGAAGAGGACAGAAGCACGUCAAAUGUGAAAGGCAAUUGCUGCAAGCUGUGCACUGGACAUCAGUGAUAGCACUUUAACUAGAAGUAUUAAUUAAAAAUAUGAGGACUACACCAUACAAACAUGAAAAGAAAAUACAUGGUAAUGUCUCUGUGUAAAUUAGAAGCUGAGACUUAAUAAGUAUGCUCAAACACCCCAAGCUGAAUCCAGUACAAAUAUGUAGCAAAACUAAGAGUAUUUAAUUUCCUUGUUUGAUUAAAACUAUAUUAUCUAAGGUUUGGAAUGAUAAUAAAAACGCAUGUCAGGUUCUGUUUUGAGGGGUCUGAAAUAAAACACUGACUUUUCAGAACAAUCUUGCUAAGUAGCCACUGCUGAAGUACUAAAAUGUAUAAUUUUGGAAGAUUUAGGGAGAAAACUUUAAUUAAAAAAAAAAAAAAAGACUUAUUUGCAUAUUGCAUGUCUCAGUAUAAAGCUGAGUAACUUUAUUUAUGGUAAAGUGGGAAACCCAUCUUUUAGAUUAUGUUGCAGAAUUGCUUAUAUUUGUCCAUUAGUAGUUGACCUAAUGCCUCCAUUAAAUCACAUUUUCAAAGAGCUGCAUGGACCGCAUUAUAUUCUCAUCCUGUGAAAAACAAACACACAAAGCAAACAUGAAAAUCAUACACCAUCACAAAUAGAGCUGGCAAAUAUCAAAUAGUGAAAUUAAGUGGGACAAACUGUACACAUGUAAUGACAAUACCUGUUUUUCAGUUUAUUUGGAGAAAUUGUUAGCAGAAAAAAGAGUGUUUAACAGGUAUACUCCUAAUGUUGGAAUUUCAGAGAUUGGAAGGGACCUCAGGAGAUCACUGAGUCCACCCUUGCUGCUAAAGCAGGUACCCUACACUGGAUUGCACAGGUAGAAGUCCAACUGGGACUUGAAUGAAGAACACUCCACAACCUCUCAGGGUAAUCUCUUCCAAUGUUCUAUUACCAUGAGAAAGUUCUUCUGCCUGUUAGUAAGAAACUUCCUGUCACAGUUUUACGAUUUUUGGUUGUCAGUAUUCCACAUUAUAACAUCAUGUAGUGCACUGGGCAUUAAAGUGUUAAUGCUCCAGUUCCAGGCACCUGUCCAGAAGAGAAGAACUACAUACCCCAGAACACUUUAUCUUCAGAGAGGAGAUAUAACCCUGGCACGGUCACCUUAUGUCCCUUUGUUUUUUUCAGCUCUCCUCUCUCUUGCUCAACCUGACUGCACAUCUCACCUCAACGUUAUGGUGAGGCCUUUCCACCUUUUGGACACUCUCUCUCAUUAUAUUUGUUUCAAUUCUAGUUAUAUUGUAUAUUGUGUGUUAUCUUGCAUUCUGAUACCAUAUUUAGUAAAUCAGUUUGUUUCUCCUCA